AUGCCUACUGCGGGGAUGAUCAGGACGGGGAGUUUCUCCAAAGGAUUGUAUUGCGGUUAUUGCGUUGUGCUGUUCCAGAGAACUUCGGUGAUGAGCUUGAAGGGGGGUGGCGCUUAUAAGUUUGAGCAUGUCGUCUUGGGUGGAGCUUGUCAGGAUAUUGGUACAGUAUCCGGUUUCCGCAAGAACCUUCACAAGAGUAUAGGUAUCAGUAUCAGCAAGACUGUACAGUUCUUAGCAGACAACCCAUAUUGCGGAGACUCAUUGCAAAUCGCACUUGUCGAGCUCGAAUGUGAUGGACAAAAUGCACGUCGUAGACGCCGUAGUCACCUCUAUGAAGAGUACGUUGCUUGGCACUCCUCCGAGUUCAACCAAUAUGACCCUAUUCCGUACGAACCAAAUAGCGAAGAUGGAGAAAUCGACGAGGAGAUGGUCGUUGCCGAUCUUGUCAACCUCCCGCUCCAAGCUGUUGGCCCUCGCAUUUUUGCUACCGAGGUUAGUGACGUCGUGACUGGACCUGCAACAAUAACUCCACCGGCAGAAAAUUUGGAUAGCGAGAAAGAUAGAAAGGAUCCUAGUGCUGAAAACCCUGGCAGUGUUUGCUGGGAUGAGCUCUUCGCAUCCACUGAGGACCCGUCCAUGCAACUGAAGAAUUGCGAUCAUCGCUUCCAUAAAGUAUGCCUUGAAACAUAG